UUUUCUGUCAGCCAUUACCUCCUGUGAAUUAUAAACACCCAAGACGAACCUGUAUCUCAAUCGUGUUGUGAAGAUCGUUAUAUAAAGAGAGAACAUAGAGUACUUUCGUCAACGGAGUCUUGUUGACUUAAGGCAGGAAAGAAUUGUUAUCACCAUGACAAAUCUACUUCUGUUUGCAAUUUUACUCCUGGGCGUAGCAUCUGCGCAAGAGGUCAAGGAAAUCAGUCCUACCUUAACAUUGUUGGACCCUACAAAGAUUGACCCGUGUUUUCCAAAACCAACGCCGAAGCCUCCAUUCCUAGAUUGGGACGGAACGUAUCUUAGUCAAGAAUGGUGGGAAUAUGUGAAGCAAACAAAGAUAUUCAAGAGAUCUCGAAGUUUAAAAAGCCGUGCCGUGAAAAGAUGUACACAACCAUGGAGUCCCUCUAAGGAUAUGAGACAAUAUUACUGGCAGAUCUCAUGCCCGUACCAAGUGUUUUGGCUCAGCAAAUUUAGAAGGACAAUUCCUAAAAGUCCAUCACUGACAGAAACGUGUUAUGUUCUCUUCCCAUGUUGGGAACAAGUCAGAAUAGUCAACUGCACAACCACUUACUGCUCGAUAAGAUGCCGAGAACAACAUCCUCAGAUAGAAAACUCUGUUUGUUUGGAGAACAACCUCCGGGAGUACGAAAAUGUUUGGGUGUUCUGCACCCACACCCACAAAAAUAGACGCGGCAAGUGGAUAGAUGUGGACUGUAAGAAGAAACCGCAUUGGUGCAUAAAAAAAGUGACGCUAAAUGUACCACAGAGCUGUGAGUGCUGGUCAUGCUGGAAUAUGAAAGUCACGAUGCCGGACCGGAAAGGCUAAAUGUAAACAUGUCUUGAGUGUAUUUGACAGAUACAUUAAAUUGAAGUAUGUAACAUUGGA